AGACAACCCUGAAAAAUGGCUCUGGAGACCUGUAUGCCAGAACCCAUGUGCCUCAUUGAGAAUGUGAAAGGACAACUGAGAGCCAAUCAGAAGGCCCUGGAGAUCCUGUCAGCCAUUACACAGCCUGUGGUAGUGGUCGCAAUUGUGGGCCUCUACCGCACAGGCAAAUCCUACCUGAUGAAUAAGCUGGCUGGGAGGAAAACGGGCUUCUCUCUGGGCUCCACUGUGCAGUCCCACACCAAGGGCAUCUGGAUGUGGUGUGUGCCUCAUCCCAGGAAGGCAGGGCACACCCUAGUUCUGCUUGACACUGAGGCUGGAGAUGUGGAGAAAGGUGACAACCAGAAUGACUGUUGGAUCUUUGCCCUGGCUAUUCUUCUAAGCAGCACCUUUGUCUACAACAGCAUGGGAGCCAUCAACCAGCAGGCCAUGGACCAGCUGCAAUAUGUGACAGAGCUGACAGAUCGGAUCAGAACAACAUCCUCUCCUCAUAGCAAUGGAGUUGAGGCUUCAGCUGAGUUUGUGAGUUUCUUCCCUGAUUUUGUGUGGACUCUGAGAGAUGUGACUGUAAAGCUGGAAACAGAUGGAAAAAUGCUCACAGCAGAUGAGUACCUGGACAAUUCCCUGAAGCCCAAGCAAGGUACCAGUGAAGAAGAUAGAAACUACAACCUACCCCGACUCUGUAUUCGGAAGUUCUUCCCCAAGAAGAAAUGCUUUGUCUUCUACCCACCCACAGAGUGGAAGAAGCUCUCUGAGCUGGAGAGCCUGCAUGAUGAUGAGUUGGAUUCUGAAUUUUUGCAACAGGCGGCAGACUUCUGUUCUUUCAUCUUCAGCUCUUCUAAGGCUAAAACACUCCCAGGAGGCAUCCAGGUCAAUGGAGCUCGACUAGAGAAACUGGUACUCACAUACAUCAGUGCCAUCAGCAGUGGGCAUCUGCCCUGCAUGGAGAAUGCAGUCCUGGCCUUGGCAAAAGUAGAGAACUCAGCAGCAAUACAAAAGGCCAUCACCCACUAUGACCAGCAGAUGAGUCAGAAAGUGCAGCUGCCCACGGACACCCUCCAGGAGCUGCUGGACCUGCACAGGACCUGUGAGAGAGAGGCCAUGGAUAUCUUUCUUAGGACUUCCUUUAAAGAUGAAGACCAUUCAUUUAAAAAAGAUUUACUGGCUCAACUAGAAAAGAAGUGGAAUGGCAUCAAUAAUGAGAAUACAAACAAAUCAUCAACGCGUUGCUCAGAGUUACUUCGGGACAUCUUUGGACCUCUAGAAGAAGCAGUGAUAAAUGGCACUUAUUCUCAGCCAGGAGGAUAUCUUCUCUAUGUUGAGAAGAGAGAAGAGCUGAAGAAAAAGUAUCUUCAGGAACCCAAGAAGGGGAUACAGGCUGAAGAGAUUCUGCAGGAAUACCUGCAGUCCAAUGCGGCUGUGGCUGAGGCACUUCUACAAAGAGACCAGGCUCUCACAGUAAAGCAAAAAGAGGUCGAAGUGGAACGAGCAAAGGCUGAAUCUGCACAGGCUACUGUUAGAAUUUUGGAGGAAGUGGAAAAGAAGCAUGCACAGAUGAUGAAGGAGAAAGAGAGGUGUCACCAGGAGCGAGUGAGGCAGUUGACAGAGAAUAUGGAGAGGGAGAGAGCUCAGUUAGUGGAGGAGCAAGAGAGGAUUCUGAACCUUAAACUGCAGGAACAGAAACGACUGAUUAAAGAAGGGUUGAAAGGAGAGAGUUUAAGGCUGAAGAAUGAGAUUCAGCGUAUGGAAAAAAGAAACAGGGAAAAAGAAGCUGAAUCUGCCGAGGCUGCCAUGAAAAUGUUAGAGGAUAUGUACAAGAUGGAUCAGAAGAAAAUGGCACAGAAAGGAGAGAGUCAUCAGGAACAUAUGAAGCAAUUACCUGAGGAAAAGAAAGAGUCUCCUGAAUGCCAGGCUGUCAUGGCACCAGGAACUAUGAAGGCCCCCAUGUGUCUGGUAGAAAAUAAGAACAAGCAGCUGUUUGUGAAUCCAAGAGCCAUCCAUAUUCUCAACAAUAUUUCUCAGCCUGUGGUUGUGGUGGCCAUUGUAGGGAUGUACCGCACAGGAAAAUCCUACCUGAUGAACUGCCUGGCUGGUCAGAACAAUGGCUUCCCUCUGGGAUGCACAGUUCAGUCUCAAACCAAGGGCAUCUGGAUGUGGUGUGUGCCUCACCCAACAAAGCCAAGUCACACCCUGAUUCUUCUAGAUACUGAGGGUCUUGGGGAUGUAGAAAAGUCUGAAAACAUGAUGUAA